CUACUCUCAAAGACUACAUUCUUGCUUGGACAGCUCAUUCUUGCUUGGACAGCUUGCAGACUGCCCAAUAAAUUUAGAACUUUUCUCUCUGCAGCCUUUAGCCUACAUUCAGCCCAUUCCACAGUAUACAUAGUCGAACAUCUUGACUAAGUAUAUGACAUGUAAAUUACGGUGACCUUUAAAGUUUUGACAACACUUGCAAGGCAUGAUGCCUGAUUCUGAAGACAGUGGAGGUUUUGUUCAAGAGGAUUUGUCUGAUUUGCCGUUUGUUGAUUUGGCAAAGAAACUAUCCAGUAUUCUGCAGGAAGUGUAUGCAAAUUUACCACCCAAGAAUCACAAACUCCGCCCGAUCCUCACUAAGAACAAAGAUGUCCUGAUGCAAAUCCCAUCUUUACUGAAAGAUCACCACAUCCGAUUAUAUGAAAAUGCCCUAAAGACGGAAACCGAACUGAUCCAUGAAAAGGAGCGCACAAGACAACUUACUAGUGCCCGUGUUGAAGAUACCGGCACCCUUACCGAUGACCACCACGACAAGCCGCGAAAAACUUAUGCCGCCAUCACGAAAGAACCUGUGCCGGCAGUCAUCCUCCAGCCGAAGAAGACAGAGCCACUACCUCCUCCCAGAUCCCGCACAACAACAAGUGAGCUCACCAAACUAUCCAAUGCUCUCAACACUGCUCUCCCUGCUGGUGCCGCUGAUCUGAACGUGACCGACAUCCGUCCCAUUGGUGGUAAGCGUGUUCUACUUCGUUUUAAGAAUGCCGACAGUGCCGCAAAUGGUAAGUCAAUCUUGGAAAGCCAUUCAGAAGCUUUGGGUUAUGAUGUGGUCAGUACUAAACCCAAAACGUCAAGGGUUAUUGUUCGCCGAGUCCCAAAAACACUGUCUAAUGACGAUUUCUUGAAAGAAUUACGCGUUAAAGUAAACAUCCCACCCAAUUCAGUGCUUAAAAUUGUCACCCGGUUGACCAGUCAAAGAGAGGAAGUAUCCACGUGUGCAAUUGUUUUCGAGGUCAGCCAGGAUGUUCGCAAUAUCCUGACUGACCAACGGUUCUUAAUGAUUCAGUGGUCCCGAUGUCCUAUAGAGGACCAUGUUUACGUACCACAAUGUACUAGAUGUUGUGCCUACGGUCACACUUCGACAAAGUGUGAAAAAUCCCCUCGCUGUGCGUUUUGUGCUAAAUCCCAUCACACUAACGACUGCACGGAGAAUGCUGAUUUUCGAUUCAUUUGCGCAAAUUGUAGUGAUAGCGGUGUUUAUUCUCCGACAAACUACCAUACGGCGUAUGACCACUUUUAUUGCUCUGUCUUCAAAAAUUCGCGAUACUUUUACAACCGAAAUUUCCCAAAAAACCGGUAAACGCUAACGAAAUUUUAAUUAACAACCAGGCUGUGCCAAAUAAUUGUUCGACAAUGCUUAACGAUGAAAAUUUGUCCAGUAACGAUAUUGGCUACCCGACCGUAAAUAGUCGACAACCGAAACAUCCUGUUCUUCUUGAGAACAUCCGCAUACGAUGUUGUAAUGUCAGAAGCGUCAAGAACAAACGUGAAGAAGUGAAAUUGUUUUGCUCGGACAGUGAUGUGACCGUUCUUACUGAAACAUAUGAUAGACCAUUUAUGACAGGUUCUGAUUUUGCUGACCUGGAUAACUACAAUGUCUUUCGAAAUGGUAGAGCUGAUGGUCGUGGUGGUGUUGCUGUUGUUAUCAGAAAAUCUCUUUGUGCUUUUCCCAUGCCAGAGCUUAAUACUCCUUCCCUUGAAAUUUUGUGCGUUGAGUCUCGUGCUAUUGAUCGUAUUUUUAUUGCUUUCUAUGCGCCCCCUGAUAAAAGUAUUCAUCUUGUGCCUGCCCUGAUUAAACACCUGCGUUCUAAUUUCUCUCUUGGUCUAUUAGCAAAAUGCAUAAUCAUGGGUGAUUUCAAUCGGCCUGACAUAAAUUGGUCUAAUAAAACCGCAAGAAAACCAGCCAGUCGUGAGCUGCUGUCCGCUAUCAAAGAAUUCGAGAUGAUACAGCUAGUCAACUUUCCAACCAGGAAGAACAAUUGUCUUGACUUGUGUCUCAUCAGUGCCAACUCGCUUUUUCACCAGCAG